GCUCUACUAUGGGUUCUGUUAAUACACAUCCAUGCUCGGGGCUCUACUAUCCAGCCUCCCGGAAGUAGUGACGUGUUAACAGCAGCUUGCACGAGCAGUGGCUAGUGUAGCUAGCUAGGUCGAGCCGGUAGUGACACAGCGGCCGCAUCAGAAUGUCAGAAGGGGACAGUGUUGGGGAGUCAAUCCAUGGGAAACCAUCUGUAGUCGCUGCCUUUUUCACACGGAUUGGACAGGUCUAUCAGACAUGGCUAGACAAGUCAACGCCGUUUUAUGCAGUGCGAUGGGCAUCCACUCUACUACUUACUGCUGUCUACAUGAUCAGAGUGUACAUACUACAGGGUUGGUAUAUAGUAACAUAUGCUUUGGGAAUCUACCAUCUCAACCUGUUCAUUGCUUUUCUAUCGCCAAAAGUGGAUCCUUCACUGCUUGACGAAGAUGAGGGCCCAUCCCUUCCUACCAAGCAGAACGAGGAGUUCCGCCCUUUCAUCAGGAGGUUGCCUGAAUUCAAAUUCUGGCAUUCGGCGACAAAAGGCAUCGUCAUCGCCAUGAUUUGCACAUUUUUUGAAGCCUUCAAUGUGCCAGUGUUCUGGCCUAUACUUGUAAUGUACUUCAUCAUGCUCUUCUGCAUCACCAUGAAGAGGCAGAUCAAGCAUAUGGUCAAGUACAGAUACCUACCCUUCACACACGGGAAGAGGACAUACAAAGGCAAGGACGAAACAGGGAAACCUUUUGCUAGUUAGAAUCUCCCACCUUCCCUUCCCCUCCUCCUCCAUUUAAAAUGUAUCAGUCACAGCUAGCGGGGAGCGACAAGGGGCAGAGAUUUAUUUUCCAUUUUGUAAGCAGGACAGUAACAUGAAAAGUACGAGUUUUGAUCCAUGGUUCAGUGUUGGCUGAAGGAUAUGAGCAGCAUGGAUCAAAAUUAGACUGAAAAUAUUGCCUUUGUCUAUUAUUAAGGGAUAGGUUUUUUUUUUUUUGUUCUUGAGGACCCUGAUCCUCAUUUUAGGAUUGGUCUGCAUUUGUUCAGUAGUAGGUGAGACUCAGUGCUGCCUUUUGCCUUUUUAACCCCAUUGGGUAAGUAUAAAGUCACCAAGGAGGAACCACACUGAAAAAAAAGUUGCAGUGAAAUUUGUAAUUUUUGUUUUUGUUUUGUUUUGUUUAUGAUUUUUUUUCAAUGAUGGUGAUUCCAGUACAUCUCCUUUCUCCCAAGUGAAAUAAAUCUGCCAACUUUUUCUGAUUAAUAUAUUGGUACCUACUUAUUUGUAACAAGUUAUAUAUUGAAGUACUGAAGUCAGUAGUGUUAGAAAAAAAUGACAUGAUUUUAGAUGUUUAAGAGGAAAUCUGAAGGAAACACAACGGUCUUUAAGUUAAUCUUUUGUGAUAAAAAGUGUGCGGCUGCUCUGGCGGUCCUCUGGACUACACGCAGACACUUUGGAAAAAAAUUAGUCACAUUUCACUUGAAUAUGCAUUCAUGACAGGCAGGACAACACUUCAUCUCUUCAAAUGAUUAGACAUAUAAUUUGAUUGUUUAUCCUGAAUUGGCAACUAACGCAAUUCCGUGUAUUACCUGACUCUCACUAGCAUAGCCUGUGCAGCAAGCAUCAAUAUGGAUGAUUAACAGGGACUUGACUUGAAUCUUCAGCCACCCACCACAUCAUUGAAUGCAUAAUUCAAAGCCGAGUGUCACUAAUCCCAACCCAUUUAGUCUCCUGUAGCCUGUAGUCUACCUUAAAUCAGUUCUUUCUACUUUAGCGCCUUCGUAGAGUUUAACAGAUGGGAUACUGUGUUGUUGAGCGCCCCCCAAUAAACCAAAUAAUUUUGCAUUAUUUUAGGGGGCAUUUAGCUUGAAAAUGGCAAGUCAAUGAAUUUAUUUUAGAUUUUUAGACCAUUGUGUGCAUAAUUAUUCAAAACAUACUUUGACUUCAAAGUGCACAACCAGUAUUCAAAUCCAAUUCAUAACGAGGUCUAAUGUGAACAAUUACACGUUUAUCCCGACGACCUUUUCUCUUUGAAACAUUUACCCGUCUGGGUUUCAAAGCCUGGGGUCCAUUCAAUUUGUGUAGACUAGCUGUUGUAGUACUUUAUAAUCAUGUGUUUACUUUGAAAAACGUUAUGGUAAAUAGUCAUUCCAAGCAAACUUUUGUUCUCUUUCUUUUGCAGAGGAAACAUAAGAAAACAGAGAUUGAGAGCUUUUAUUAUAACAAAUGGAUGAAGUGGUUGCCGAUCACACUUUUUUCUUUUCUAUAAAACCUGUUGAUUUGUUUUUUCUCCAUUUUUAUCAGACUGCUGGGGGAUUAUCUGUCAUUACUAAACUUUGAUCAGCACUGUAGUAAGGGAUCAAAACAUUUUCCUGUAAAAAGUUUGUGUUUCAAAAGGGUUGUCUGGAGGAUUUGUAUAUAUAUAUAUUUUAAAAAUAUGAAAUUUUUUUGAGAUUAUUUUUAUUUUUUGUUUCUUCUUCUUCCUACCACCAUACUUGUUUCCACGUGUUUAAAAUUCAUUUCAGUUGAAAUUGAUAAUGAAAGCAGGACUGGUUAAUUGGGUUCUAGAUUUGAUGAAUUAAAUAUGUUUCUCAUGGAUUGCAUGUUAUUGUUUUCUUGUGCUACAGUUACAAACAAAAACAUGAUUUUAAUAACUUAAAUGUAAUUUUUUCACUCCAAAAUGCUAUUAAAGAGGCUGUGUCCCUUCAAACAGUU